UCGGAAGUCCGGAGCCAUGGUGUUGUUGGAUCUGGUUGGCCAAGUCGAGCGCCUCGGUGUCGGCAUUGCUGUGGUAGUAGCUGUGCUCGGAGCGCUUUAUCUUUGGCAACAAGCUGUGGGCGAUGUCGGUGCCACGAAGAUGCUUCGCGACUUUAAUCUCGUGCGGGUGCUCAAGCGCACGGACACGGAGUUGGCACUUUUGGGCAAUUUCAAAAGCGACAACCACAAGAAAGCAGCAGUGCUAAUUAUCCAGACUGCUGCAAUGGAUACGGGGACUCUGGAUCGGCUGCUGACGGGAAUGUCGUUACAUGAGAUCCUGAUAAACGAUAUCUACAGCACAUUUCAUGGAGAUGUAUCGCGCGACGUCAAACCUUACAAGGUUAAUUUGAUCUACCCGGCGACGGAGCGUCACGUGCGCAAGCACACGGACCAGAACUUUCACAUGGUGGUGGAGACCAAGGAGGCGUAUCGAAAGAUCACAAAGCCGUUCAUUGAUAACAUCCCUGUGGAGAAUAUUGAGUGGGUCUAUAACAUCUUGGACCACAAGAGCGAGACAGAGCGGAUCAUAUACGAAGACACGCACCACCGCAACGGAUUCGUUCUGCUGCCCGAUUUUAAGUGGUCAGACCCGUCAAAGCUGGAGUCGCUCUACUGCUUGGCCAUUGUACACGAUCGAUCGCUGCGAUCGCUUCGUGACCUUACUGGCUCGCAUUUGAAAUUAUUAAGGAGCAUCCGGAACGCUAGCCUUGAAGUUCUGAACGUAAAGUUCGGCGUGGACCCUAGCUCCAUACGCAUGUACUUACACUAUCAGCCAACUUACUAUCACUUGCACGUGCACUUCUCGCACGUCAAGAUGAAUCAAGGAACGUUCUCUGGCAAGGCGGUGCUGCUUGAAGACGUGAUCUACAACUUGUCGGUCAACAGCGACCAUUACAAGAACGCAACACUUUCAUUUGUAGUCGGCGAGAUGCAACACAAGCAGCUGUUCGAGCUCUUCCGCGAGAAGCAUAUCAUUUAACCUCGUAGCUAGACUUUCCGCACGCGCAAACUGCGCGUCGCAGCACCAGCUCCGUGCACUCCUGACGCCACCCUCAUGGGAUCGUGCCGUGUAGGUGCCCCCAGGAGUGUACAUGAAGUAAACUGCGACUGCUUGAUAAUAAAGUCCAUUCGUCCGCA